AUACAAACAAUACGAAUUUAUUCAAAUACGAAUAAAUUGUUUCUGAUUUAUAAGUCCAAAAAUCACUUGAAAAUGAACUUGACCAAACAAACGCAAUAUAAAGGCAUAAGCAAGCUACUAAUGCACCUCUUCAAGAUCUCGCAGGCCAUAGCAAACUCAGCUUCGUUUUUACUCCCAUUCAUUUCUUUAGCCGAGGAAACCAUAACUAUUAAGAGCUAGCGAAAUGUUUGGGAGGGAAUGUGCUCGAAUUUUAAGAGCUAGAUCCUGCAGCACUCGGUUGGUGUUUCCUUCCAAUCAGUAUUGUUGGGUGCUGGGAGACAUAAGAGCAGCGUCCCCGAUUUAUAAUGAAAAUUCUAUCAGUGCUUCACGUGCAAUUCAUAAUGUUGGACUGGCUGUUAAAUCUCAAAUUCUACCUGAACUUGAGGUGCCACUCAACCCAUUUUCACUUGUUGCGGAUGAAUAUGCGAUUUUAGCUGAUAGUUUACAAAAAAUGAUAGUUACUGAGCUGCCAAAACUUGCCUCUGAUGCUGAUCUUUUCUUCAACAUGAUGAUGACAGAAAGGAGGUUCCAACCAUCGGUUCUAUUAUUGAUGGAAAAAGCUAUGAAUGUCCCUACAUCAACUCAAGAUUCAGAGCAGUGCUUAGAUUCAUCACCUUUAGUGUUCUCUUUUGGACAUCAAAGUAUACAUGCAAUCGCAGAGAUGUCAAAUAUUUAUUAUCAUGUCCGUCACAAUAUGCUUGAUGAUGGUGAUACAAGAUAUCACCCUAGUUCUUUGAAGUUUGUUUUGGAUAUCAAGCUCUCAGUAUUGCUCGGAGAUUUCAUGCUUUCCAAAAUAUUUGUGAUUCUUGCGUCUACAGAGAACUCCGAGGUUCAGUCAAUACUUUCAAGGGUCAUAGAACAUCUUGUUUUAGGCCAGGCAAUGGAAAUGACCUCUUCAUCUCAACAACUUUGUAGCAUUGCAAACUAUUUGGAGAUGGUGUAUAACAAAAAGGCAUCUUUACUGGCAAAUAGCUGCAAAGCAAUUGCCAUUUUAUCAGGGAAAGAUGAAGAAGUUACAACAAUGGCCUUUGACUAUGGAAAAUAUCUGGUUUAUGCAUAUCAGCUAAUGGAUGAUAUUGCUGAUAUUACUGGCAGAUCUGCUACCUCCGGGAACCUAUCAUCUAAUUUUUCCAGGGGAAUGCUUGGAUCCCCAAUGCUAUAUGCGAUAGAAGAAUUCCCUCAAUUACGCACGUUCGUGGACCGUGGAUUCAAGAACCCCUCAGAACUGGAUUUGGCUCUUGAGUACCUUAAAAAGAGUAGAGGAAUGCAGAGAACAAGGGAACUGGCAACCAAGUAUGCGGGACUUGCCUUGGAAGCCAUUGAGAGUUUGCCCAGGAGCAACAAUAAGGAUACAGAGGUGUGGAGACGAGCUCUGGUAGAUCUUGCUCAAAAUAUCAUCCGAAGCUCACAAGUGUCCAAGGAUAUUUGUUGGGUAUAAAGUUUAUAAUGUGUGUUCCAUGCAGAACAAAGUUGAUGUAAAAUUAAUUAAUCUCUAAAACUCUUGCAGAAGUCAUUGUAAUGUCGAUGCAACUUGGUGGAUAUACUAGUACAGUACACAGUAAUUUAAGUAAAAAAGUGGAGUGUUUUGCAGGGAUAGAAAUGGAAGGGGUGGUGAGCCUCUUAAUGAAUUGUAUGAGUUGGAUAGGAGAAUUGGUGAAGUAAAAUGCUCCCUCUGUUCCUUUGUAAUAGAUGUUUUUGAUCAUUUUACAUAUAUCAAGGAUGAUUUAAUUUUGUUAUG